UAAUAUCUAGAGUUUCAUGUAAAUACGAGCGGAUCCAAGAGCACCCCAUGAUUUGUGGACAUAAACUGAACUUGCAGAUGAAUCAAUAGCCUCUAAUGAAAUUGAACUCUGUACAAAAGUCUAAAAUCAGAACCUUCAACAAUCCAAUAUGCAACUCAUGUGAACCCAUCUCAGCUACCUUCACAUGCACACAACAAAACAAAAACCCCACCAAUCUUUUAUAAGACUACACAAUCCUCCUAAGCCCUAUCACCUCUUUUUUUGUCAUAGCAAUCUCUCUUUGCUUUUUUACUAGCUUUUUGGGGCUACUUCCUUUUGCUUUUCUCACCCUUCCCUCCUCUAAAAAAUGUCUCUUGCUUGUAUCCUGUCCUCUUGCAAUCUAUUAGCAUCAUGUUUUGCGAUUGUUUUCUUGGUUUUGCUUCAAACCAAGGUUGCAACUUCAGCUUUGAUAAUGAGCAUGAGAAACCACCACAACCACCACCAGCACAGAUUGCCAAGGCUGCAAGCUAAUCAAAGUAGUUGUGCAUUGUUUGUCGGCACUUGGGUUCGUGAUGAAUCAUACCCAUUGUAUCAAUCUUCUAAUUGCCCAACCAUUAUCGACGCUGAAUUCAACUGCCAAAUGUAUGGUAGGCCUGACUCUGAUUAUCUCAAGUACAGAUGGCAGCCUCUCAAUUGUGAGCUCCCAAGAUUCAAUGGGCUUGAAUUUUUGCAAAAUAUGAGAGGGAAAAGUAUGAUGUUUGUGGGGGACUCCCUUGGACGGAAUCAAUGGGAGUCUUUGAUUUGCUUGAUUUCAUCGUCGGUGCCUCGAACUUCAACACAAAUGAGUAGAGGAGAUCCCUUUUCCAUCUUCAAGUUCUCGGAUUAUGAUGUGUCCAUUUCCUACUAUAAAGCUCCAUAUUUGGUAGACAUUGAUGCGGUACAAGGGAAGAGGGUUCUGAGGCUAGAGGAAAUUUCGGGGAAUGCCAACGCCUGGCGAAAUGCUGAUGUGCUGGUUUUCAACACCGGUCACUGGUGGAGUCACCAAGGUUCUCUCCAAGGAUGGGAUUACAUGGAAUCAGGAGGUACAUUCUACCAAGAUAUGGAUCGUCUGGUUGCAUUGGAGAGAGGGCUAAGAACAUGGGCUAAAUGGGUGGACUCCAACAUCGACACUGCUAGAACCAGAGUCUUUUUCCAGUCCAUCUCUCCUACACAUUACAAUCCAAGUGAAUGGAGCGCGGGAACGACAGUAACAACAACGAGGAAUUGCUAUGGCGAGACAACACCAAUGAAUGGAAUGACAUACCCUGGAGCGUACCCUGAUCAAAUGAGGGUCGUGGAUACUGUGAUCAGAGACAUGCAUAAUCCUGCAUAUUUGUUGGACAUCACAAUGCUCUCAGAGUUGAGAAAAGAUGGGCACCCAUCAAUUUAUAGUGGCGUUCUGAGCCCUCAGCAGAGGGCGGAUCCAUCGGGAUCCGCGGAUUGUAGCCACUGGUGCCUUCCUGGACUGCCUGAUACUUGGAACCAAUUGUUCUACGCUGCCUUGUUCUUUUAAGUCUAUUUUAUUGUUAUUUGUUAACUACCAAUUCUAAUGAUAUACGUGUUCGGAGAGAUGCAUAAUUUGCAAUCCUCUUGUCUUCUAUUGUUUUGUAUGAUCUUUAGACUAAGAUAUACAUAUGUUCCAAUUAGCCCGCCUUGUAAAUUAGUGAUAUUGUAUACCACGAAGAGAGAUGAUUCCUUGUUGGGUGACUGGGAGAAAGCUUGCUGCUUUAUUUUUGCUAGUUAACUUGAUCCCUUCAUGGA